AUGAGUUUAAAUUUUGUUUUUGUUUUUGUUGCUUGGAUAAUUAUUGAAGCGAUUUUGUCGCAUACAUCGUUUGCUCAGAACAUUCAAGAAUCUGAGCUAUGGAUAAAUACAACUUAUCAGGCUGAAGAUGUCGGAAUUCGAUGCGGAAAAUUACCUCAAUGUAAGGCAUGGAAUUCAUGGUGGAAAUUACAGAUAGGUGACAUAACGCCUACGACCGAAAUUAUUGAUUUGUUGUCAUCACGAAAGGUAAAAGUAUCAUUAAAUAGUAUAGUGCAGCUGACAGCUUUUGGUUUACCGAAAUAUUUACUCUCUAAAUAUAAGAUUGUACAUAUUAAUUUCAAGAAAGUAUGUGGAAAUUACAGUCGAUAUUUGCUAAUCGAUUCAAUCUCUGCAGCAAAAAAGCGUGGAAUUAAUUUAUCUGAAAUAUGUAACAAUUAUGAAACUAAAAAGAAAGAAUUUCUGGGUGUGGAAGAUGGCAGAAAUAUUUAUUCAUAUUUUUCAAACAGCACAGAGAUAUCUCGGGAGCCUGAUAUAUUAGAAUUAGAAAUGAACAAGCCAAAUGGUUUAUUAACUGAAAAAAAGAAUCAAGAUGAUUUGCAACGGAUCAAAAGAUCACUGUUAAUCCAAUCAGAAGGAAUUCACAUUAUCAAUCCGAGAGCGAAAAUCACUUAUCAAAUAAGUGCUAAUUUCAUGCAACUGGCAUCAAUGAUCAUUGUGCGUAAUCAAAGGGUAGCUGAUUUUUACGAACUUGGAGAAAUGACAUCAAUACUUGAAUUUCACAAAGGACUCCAAAUAGAUCUUGAACGAAUAGAAAACAAUGGAUAUUCAAGAGAGAAAAUUAACAAUUUAACGAUGUUUUUCAAGCGAGGCAUUGAAUUAAGCAAUAUUUUAAGUAUAUUUGAUAGUGAAAUAAUGUCAAAUAUGGUACCACUCUCAUCAUCUCUCCUAAUGACAAUUCUCAAUGAAAGUAAUUAUGAUUCCAGGUCACCACCAAUUAUUCACAAAGGUAAAAUUACGGAAGUAUUUUUUGGAAUACUAAUUCAAUCGAUGUCAAAUUUUGAUCAAAAUACAAUGGAUUAUGAUAUGGAUAUGUGGUUACGUAUGGCAUGGCAUGAUCAACGUUUAGCGCAUCAAUUUGAUCGACCAAUUUUAGUCAAUGAUGAAAAUUUCCUGAAGAAAAUUUGGCGUCCGGCACCAUUUUUUCAGAAUGCUAAAGAGGCUGAAUAUCAUCGAAUGAUAACGUUAAAUUUCUGGUUGUAUAUAUUUCCUAAUGGUGAAAUUUUCUUCGAAACACACAUUUACCUGAAACCAUCAUGCAAACUUAUCCUUUGCAAAUAUCCUCAUGACAAUCAAGUAUGCUCAUUGAAGAUUACUGCUACAUCAGGUCAAAAUUCAAUACGAUACAUUUGGUUUCCUCGUUUAAGUGAUGCAAUUCGAAUGAAUAAACUUAUGGAAUCAGAACUUUACGUCGAGAAAUGUUAUAAGCGAUAUUGCAAUGGUGUACGUAAAACAGGUAACUUCUCAUGUUUGGAAGCAAGCUGUCUACUGAAACGUAAUCUUGGCUAUCAUAUGACACGAACUUAUGUUCCAACAGCAACUUGUGUUGUCUUUUCUUGGAUUAGUGUUUGGUUACCUGAAGAAUUCGUUACCGGUCGAAUAUUCGGCUCAUUAACGCUAUUUUUGACACUUAGUGCUGAAAGUAGCGCUGUUAAAGAAAUGUUGCCGAAAGUUUCGUACAUGAAGGCCAUUGAUCUCUGGUUUGGCUUCACGGCAAGUUUCGUCUUUAUAACAAUGCUCGAAGCUUUGAUUGUCAUUUCACUUGAACAUAAAUCCCGAAGACUGCGGAAAAAAGCGGAGUCAGGUGUGGACGAUAUGUCUCGAUAUCAGAUGAUGUUACUUAUGUUAGAGUCGGGUCGUUAUCAUUCAACCGCUCGUAACAUCGAUAGAUAUUGCCGAACGCUAUAUCCGGUCGUUUUCCUUCUCUUCCUUCUAAUCUACUAUUUCGUGAUCAUCGAGGGCGACGAAACAAAAUGUCUUCGCAGGACUAACGAUGAAUUGUGA